AUGCGCAGGUUGAUCAUUGUUCAGCUUCUUGGACGUAAGAAUGGUUACAAAACUCUGAUGGAUCGAAUCAAUCAACUCUGGAAACCUAAGGGCCAAUUCCAGGUAGUUGACCUUGAUAAUGAUUACUACAUAGUGAUGUUUACGAAUGAGGAUGACUACAUAAGGGUGCUUAUGGAUGGUCCGUGGAUGGUGUAUGGAAACUACUUGAUAGUUCAACCGUGGAGUAGGACCUUUUCCACAGCUGAGAUGUUCCCUUUGCAAGUUAUCGUAUGGGUACGUAUUCCUAAACUACCUUAUCGGUAUUAUUCGAAGGCAUUAUUCCGGUAUAUUGCUGCCGUUAUUGGAAAGGUGGUUAACUUAAACAAACCUCUUAUCCCGAGUAUUCGGAUUGAUGGUGUUGUUCGACAGUUGGAAUACGAGGGUCUCCAAUAG